AUGGAAUUCACAUGUCACUGCCCUUCUGCAGUUACUGAACUUGUGGAAGGAGACUCAUCUAGGAGGAUAGUAGAAUUAAUCUGCAGAACAAGGUGGUUACAAUCUGAGAACAACUGUGUUACUAUAGAGAGGGUUUUGAAGGUCCAUAACAUGCAAAUGACCCUAGUUCAAUUUGAAGAACAUAGAGAAACGGUGAAGAUCAAAGCUAGCAAACUGCCUUCGAAACAUUCGAGGUGUCUCGCUGACGGUAAUGAGCUUUUAAGGUUCUAUGGAACAAUUGUUGCUUGUUCUCUCGGUAAGAAUGGUUCCUCUAGCCUCUGUAGAAUGGAGAAAUGUGGUGCGUGCCAAAUUUUGAGACAUGGUUUUACUGACAAAGAAGCCAACGGUAAAAAUGUUGGAAUUUUUACUACUUCCACAAGCGGAAGAGCCUUAGAGUGUAUUGAAGUAAAUCAAGAUAACCGAUCUGUAACAAAGGCUUUGUUACUGUGUAGGGUUAUUGCUGGAAGGGUUCAUAGACCUCUGGAAAACUUUCAAGAAAUGGCAGGUCAAUCAGGUUUUGAUUCAUUGGCAGGGAAAGUUGGUCAAAACUCACAUGUACUUGAGGAACUCUAUCUGCUAAAUCCCAAAGCUCUCCUUCCAUGCUUUGUGGUUCAGUACGCAUUAAACAUGGUCUACUCAUGGUCCCCUGUCCUCGCAAAGCACAGGUCUAGCUUGUUCUUUUCACUUGUAACUUUCCACACAUUGACAUGCAAGGCCGACACCAAGAUGAAUCCUGCUGUGUGGGCUUGGGUUGGCAAUGUUCUUAAGUGGGCUUAG